AACUCUCUCUCUCUCUCUCUUUUAAUCUAACCUAAUUGCUUCACGUUCUCAACCAAAGUGUUCUUACAAAACUUAUGCAGAGGCCAGAGGGUCAAAAUCAAGUGUUCUUGGAUCGUGUCGGACUCCCUUAUAAUCUCCUUGGAAUAUCCGAAAUCUCUCUCUUUCGUUCUUAAGUUUCUGCUGUUCAUAUCCUACAAACCUUUUUAUUGUAUAAUUAUCGGUUUGAUACACUAAUCUAAAUCGAAUAUUAUAAAAUUCUAUUAUGAAAGAUCCUUCUAAUUUAAUUUAUUCUAUUGUCAAGAUGCAAAUCUCUAACAUUACUUGAAAAAAUUAUUAUGUAUAUAUACCCCCACACAUGCAACCUUUUCCCUUGCAUUACAUCAACUAACCCCACGCUUGUUCAUUUAUCUUUCUGUUUUUGUGUUUCUCCAUCAUGGCGGAGCUAGAAUACCAAGUUGAUAAUACCAAAAGCAGCAGCAGCACCGCACGUUUAAAGCUCUUCGGCUUCAACGUCUCGGAAGAUGAUGAUGUUAUGGAUUCCAGCGCCACCAAAGAUCCGUCAUCGGGGUUGUCUUCGGAUCCGGGCGUAUUCCCGGCUUCCGGUGACCGGAAGUACGAGUGUCAGUAUUGUUGCCGUGAGUUUGCUAAUUCUCAAGCUUUGGGAGGUCAUCAGAACGCUCAUAAGAAGGAGAGGCAACAGAUGAAGCGUGCUCACCUUCGAGCCUCGAGAAGCGCAGCCGUUUCAUUCGCUAGGAAUCCUAAUAUCUCGGCCUUUGCCCCUCCGCCGUAUCUCUUAGCGUCAGCUACACCCGUCGUGGUGCCGGAUGCGGUAGGACCGUCGUGGGUGUACCUGCCUCGAGGAGGUCCACCUCCUUUCCACGUCUCACAUGGUUGCGUGAUCCCAGGCGCUGGUGGUGGUGGUGGAGCGGGGAGGGGCCCGGCUAGUGUACCUUAUGGUGGUGGCUUGGGGGAUACCGGCGUCGGCGUUGGUCCACAAGUGAUGCAAGGUGGGGCCCACCACCAUGGGAGGGCGGUUAAUGGACCGUCGUUGCGUAGGUUUUCAAAGGGAGAUGGUGGUUCCAGUUCUGACGAAGCAUUGGGAUUAGAUUUGCACCUUAGUCUUGCUCCGGCCAGGCCUUGACUCGGGCUUUGCCGUUUGGAGAUCUUUGUACAUUUUCAAAACAUUUUAUUUUUCAUUUAUUUGGAAAUUAUUUGUUUCACUUGCACAUACUUUUUUAUUUUUCCAAAGUUACAAUCACUUAAUUUCCCUCGCCAAUAUGAAUUUUGUACCAUAAAAUCUAAAUUUAGAACGAAA